GUGAACUCCCUGGACGACAGCGGGGUGCUGGUGGGGAACUGGACCGGGGAUUACUCGCAGGGCACGAACCCCUCGGCCUGGGCCGGCUCCGUGGGGAUCCUCCGGAGCUUCCACGGCUCCGGGGCGCCCGUGCGCUACGGCCAGUGCUGGGUGUUCGCCGGCGUCGUCACCACUGUUCUCCGCUGCCUGGGCCUGCCCACGCGCACCGUCACCAAUUACAACUCGGCGCACGACACCGACACCUCGCUGACCACCGACAUCUACCUGGACGAGGCCAUGCGGCCCCUGGAGCGCCUCAACACCGACUCCGUCUGGAACUUCCACGUGUGGAACGACUGCUGGAUGAAGAGGCCGGACCUGCCCCAGGGCUACGACGGCUGGCAGGUGGUGGAUGCCACGCCCCAGGAGACCAGCAGCGGGCUGUUCUGCUGCGGGCCGUGCUCGGUCACCGCCGUCAAGAACGGCGACGUCUUCCUCAAGUACGACACGCCCUUCGUCUUCGCCGAGGUGAACAGCGACAAGGUGUACGGGCAGCGUCAGGCGCAGGAGGGGAUUUUGACAACCCCUUAA